GGGCACCGGGGUGGGCUGUUAGAAUGGUGCUGGUGACGUUCGGGUCGCCGGAACAUCACAAAGGGACCGAGACCACACCAGCAACCAUGGGGCAGCUGCUCUGCAAGGACAUAGGCACAAAGGAUUCAGCACGAAACAGACAGAAACAAACCGCUUCUACACCCCACAUUUCUGUGACGCCGCCCCUGGAUGAAGCCACCGAAGCGAUGGCAAUGGAAGGGCCUCCCGGCACCAAGGCAGGGGGCGGCGGGGGAGCCGGGAAGAGCCAGGAGCCGGACAGCGGGGCGAACAAGGAGAAGCCGUGACCCACAGCCAGAGGCUGCUCGUUGCCCACCAUGACUCCUGCGUGCCCAUGGACAGAGAGACCGGCAGAGCCCACCCUCGGGCCCGGCCCUCCCCAGCUGGGGAGGAGCCCGGGCAAUAAAAGCGAGUGCUUGGAACGAGAAGGAGGAGCUUGGUGACGGAAGGGCGGUUCGGGGAGCGGGGGCCGUCCCGCGGGGCGCAGGCCCUGCAGGCCGCACGUUGCCUAGCAACCGUUGCUUGCGCCCAGCGUGAGCGGCAGGGCGGACAGCGCGUGCGUGAGACCGGGGGCUUGCAAGAGCGCAUGCGCGAGCUGGGGAAAUGCCGGAGCGUGAAGGAGUUUGAGAAGCUGAAUCGGAUCGGAGAGGGCACCUAUGGCAUAGUGUAUCGUGCCCGGGACACUGUGACAGAUGAGACUGUGGCACUGAAGAAAGUGCGGAUGGACAAUGAGAAGGAAGGAAUGCCCGUCAGCAGCCUGCGGGAGAUCACCCUGCUCCUGGAGCUCCAGCAUCCCAACAUCGUGGAGCUGAAGGAGGUGGUUGUGGGGAACCAUCUGGAGAGUAUUUUCCUGGUGAUGGGCUACUGUGAGCAGGACCUUGCCAGCCUUCUCGAGAAUAUGCAGACACCUUUUUCAGAGGCUCAGGUGAAAUGCAUCAUCCUGCAAGUCCUCAAGGGUCUGCAGUACCUUCAUGAGAGGUACAUCAUCCACAGGGAUCUGAAGGUGUCCAACCUGCUCAUGACUGACAAAGGCUGCGUGAAGAUAGCGGAUUUUGGUCUGGCACGUACAUAUGGGAUGCCACCACAACCCAUGACCCCCAAAGUCGUCACACUGUGGUACCGAGCACCCGAGCUGCUGCUAGGAGUGACAACACAGACCACCAGCAUUGACAUGUGGGCUGUGGGCUGCAUCCUUGCUGAGCUGCUGGCUCACAAGCCGCUGCUGCCAGGCACCUCUGAGAUCCACCAAAUAGACCUCAUUGUGCAGCUCCUGGGGACGCCUAACGAAAACAUCUGGCCGGGUUUCUCCAAGUUGCCCCUGGUGAGUCAGUACACCCUGCGGAAACAGCCUUACAACAACCUCAAGCACAAGUUCCCCUGGCUCUCAGAGGCCGGGCUGCGUCUGCUCAACUUCCUCUUCAUGUAUGAUCCCAAGAAGCGGGCGACGGCAAAAGACAGCCUGGAUAGUUCGUACUUCAAGGAGAAGCCCCUGCCCUGCGAGCCAGAGCUCAUGCCCACCUUCCCCCACCAUCGCAACAAGCGUGCAGCCAGCACCAGCACGGGGACCGAGACCCAGGCAAAGCGUGCCAAGCCCUGAGCCCUGUCCAGAAGGAGGAAGUGCAGGAACUCAAGCAGGGAUGGCCAUUGCCAGGGCUGGGCACUGGCUCCUGCCCUGCUGCUGGCCAGGCACGCAGCUCUCCUCGGUGAUGCAGUGCUGAGUGCUGUCACCUCUUGGGAUGGCUCCUAGCCACAUUGCCCCAGCCCCUCAACAGCUGCACUUAGGGGGGCUGCCUUGUUACAAUGCCAGCGCUCAGCUCCACGCAGAGCUGCUCACGCUGGGAACAUCCACAGCCUUCCAUCCCAGCAGAGCCCAAGCAUUGUAUAGUGCUGACUUCCUUCUGCCCUGGAGCUGAGGGAGCAACAGCCUGGAGCUGUGAGCACAGCACUGGGUGGGUUUCAGCCUGUGCUGCCUCCUCCCCUGGGGGUGGGAUGGAGGCGUGGACUGAAAAGGGGGAGGUGGGGGUUGGGUACAGAGAUGCUGGGUGUCUGGUAGGACCAGCUCUGGCCUGUACUGGCUUUGUGGUGCAACCCUGACUCUGCUGUCAAUAAAAACAGCUGCAAAGGGCA